AUGCAUGUUGCUAAGCCUUUCGCCCUCCUCCUUGUCAAUCUUGCUGUCGCAAAUGCCACAGGAUGUGGUGACGCUCAAGCCUGCAUUGGGACAGAGACUUGCAUCACCGUCACCCGGACAGCACCGACAAAGACAACCAUAACCACUUGCGCUCCUACACCUACGUGUUUACAGGGUUGUACAUCUGGAGGGGGUACCGAAUUUUGUUGCUCUGGCUACUGCGCGGCUACCAAAUGUAGGCCGACAGACCCGAAGUGGCCGAAUUGCCAGGAGGACAUGGGGUAUUGCGAAUGCGAUUCGGAAUGCUGCUACAACAACAAGUGUGUCGAUAACUUCUGCCGCAAACCUUGA